UUGGCGUACUCGCCCGUGAGCGUGCCGGCGCUGCUGGAGAGCACGAUGGCGAGAGGGGCGGAGGAGGGGAUGACGAUGGACGACGACGACGACAUGAGCGAGGACGCGAAGGCGUUGGUGCUGGAGAAUAGCGCGCACGAACAGUUGGCGACGUUUUUGAGGCUGUGCGUGGCGACGUGCGGGGGAGGACGGGGCGCGACCGCGCGAGGGGACUGCUGGACGUGGUUGUUCGGGGCGAUAACGGUGUGGGUGGACGCGGAGGGGGCGGACGAGAGCGCGCCGCAGCGGCAGGCGUACGAGCUGAGCGAGGUGCGCGUGGUGGUGAAGAAAGGGGUCGCCGUCGACGGUGAAGCCGCGGCGGAUCAGGUGUUGGCGGGGAUCGACGCUUUGGUGGACGCGGACGAUCAGUUGUGCGGGAAGAAGAAUUUGUACGUGCGGUUCGGAUGUCGAGGCGACUGGCCGGAUCUCAAGCCGCCGGGCGAGUACGCGGGCGAUGCGGCGGCGGCGCCGACGUGA